GGCGCCCUUCUCCACGCCGCCGCCAUCAUACGCGGGGCUACACCCGAGCCGAGUGAAGCCUCGGCGCAGUGUUUGUAGCAGCGACCCACGGAUGUGCAGACCGUCCACGAACGUCGCCGCGUGGGCUGUCAGGAGCAUGUGACCGCGCAGGACGGAGACCUUGUCUGCGGUUUGGAUCAAGAUGAGCAGCGGCACAAAACGAGAGAGGGAGCAGAAGAGGAAGCUGCAGCACUUCCUGGGCGACAUGGCUUUGCUGGGAUCAUUGCAGGGGUUUAAAUACUUCCAACCGUGGCUCAGGGGGAAGGAGGAGCUGCUGCUCACAGUGGUCAAUGAGGACCUGGGCUGGCGCUCCCCGGGCUUCGCGGUCUCCAGAGCCUCCUCCUGCACCUCCACCAGCAGCUGCAACAGCAGCGACGCGUCCCCCAGCAGCAGCUCCCCCAGCCUGGACAGCCGGGGCAGCUCGCCCCUGCCCGGGGAGCGUCCGGCCCCCCGGGGCGGCGAGCCGCACGGAGACAGCAGGGAGACCGGCAGCGAGGAGCACCUCCUCCCAGCGUCCCCCAGCGAGAGGGAGAUAGCGGUGCCUGAGGUGAACUGCACCCUGUUUUUACUGGCUGGCUACGUCAAGUACGGCCGACCCUACGCCUGGAUCCGCUCCAACCACGAGCGCCUGGUCAACAUAGGCGGCACCGACUCCAUGGUGAAGGACACGCCCAUGAAGCUGAAGUCCGUCUCAGAGUGGCAGACACGAGGUGUUCGCGUGUGGGACGUGGUCAGUGAGCUGGUGGGCCUGUGCACCGUCCCGCCCCCCUCCAACCCCCUCGCCCUGGACACGCGCUACAUCCACGGCCUCCCCCUCCCCGAGCGCUUCCUCGUCACCGGCGCCCUCCUCGGCUUCCUGGACACCUACGUGGUCUACGGGAACCGGGACGAGCUGCACUACGACAAAGUCGUGGAGGAGGUGAAGCCUCUGCGGCGUCUCCACGUCCAGUCCCUGCUGGAGCUGCAGCAACGCAGAGAAAACGCGUGACCGGUUAUGAUCCACAUCCAUGGCAUCUUCUCGAAGAUUCACUUCGACGAAGGACAAAGUUACUAAUGAGUCAAUUAACAUUCGUGGAAAUCUUUAGAGUAUAAAAGGACCCCAUGAGAGCUCUCCACACCGGCUCACGCUUCACAAACCUGUUCCAAAACACAGUCACGUGUAUCCGUGUGUUUUUGAUAGUGAGACGCCGGAGACAUAACCCUGGGAAACCAGUCACAUGACGGAGGUUUAAAACUCCCAGGACCUUUGUGAGCGUCUCGGCUCGUCGCCCUCAGCAACUUUAAAGUCAUCUGUCACGUUUAACACAGGAAUCCUGCCUUCUGAGUAAAAGAGGUUGAACAUUGGA